AUGGGCAUGCCUUCAUUUCAGGCGGCCAACGCCAUUGUUUAUCUCACUUACGGUGCAAUGCUUGCCAUGGGUUUGGCAGUAUCCUAUUAUUUCACCAAAAAAACAGGCUUCUUGUCUGGAAAUGGAACUCAAAAAGCUCUUCCAUUAGCAUUAAACUUUGUAGCUUCUGCUAUGGGUUGUGGUAUUUUAUUCACUUAUCCUGAAAUCGCUGCUAUCGCUGGUGUCCAGGGUUUACUUGUAUACGGUCUUUCGUCUGCCCUACCCAUCCUUAUGUUUGCUUUCCUCGGUCCCAAAAUUCGUCGUGCCACCCCCCACGGUUUCGUUUUAACUGAAUGGGCCCGUGAACGUUAUGGCCCUAUCACUGGCCUUUACCUUUCCUUUUUCACCAUCGCUACAAUUUUCCUUUACAUUGUCUCCGAGCUUACUUCCAUUCAAUAUUGUAUCGAAUCCUUAACUACUAUGAACUCACUUGCAGUCAUGAUUGUCGAAGCCAUCAUCACUACCAUUUAUACCAGUUGGGGUGGUUUCCACACUUCCUUCAUCACUGACAAUAUCCAAGGUGGCAUGGUACUGUUGCUACUCAUUAUUUGCAGUAUCGCUAUGGGUACCCAAGUUCAUAUUGAUACCUCUGUGAUCAAGCCUAGUGGUCUUUUGGGCGCCUCUAAGCUCGGUUGGCAGCUUAUUUAUAUCUUCCCUAUUGCUAUUGCUACUAACGAUUGUUUCUUAUCUGGAUUUUGGCUUAGAACCUUUGCUUCUCGCUCCGAUAAAGACUUGUUGAUUGGUACUUCUAUUGCUACUUUUAUCAUUCUGGUCUUUUUGGUUGUAACUGGUGUCACUGGUCUUCUUGCUUCCUGGUCCGGUCUUUUGUUGCCUGAUAAGAGUGAUGCCUCUUACUCCUUCUUUUACAUUCUUCUCGAACUUCCUGCUUGGGUUGUUGGCUUUGUGCUUGUUUUCAUUGUUAUGCUUUCAACCGCUACUUUUGAUUCUCUCGAAUCUUCUAUGGUUUCAACAAUUUCAAACGAUGUUUUCCGCAACAGACUCAAACUUAUCUGGGUCCGUUUCCUUGUUGUUCUUGUCAUGAUUCCCUCCAUUGUGGUUGCAACAAGAGCUCCUAAUAUUUUGACCAUUUUCCUCAUUAGUGAUUUGAUUUCUGCUGCCGUGGUGCCUUCCUUGUUGCUUGGACUUUGGAGCAAAAUGUACUUCAUUUCUGGUUGGGAAAUUAUUGUUUCGGGUCUUGGUGGUAUCCUUUCAGUCUUCAUCUUUGGUACUAUCUACUAUAACUCUGCCUUGGAAGGUGCCAAACUCAUUAUUCUUCAGAAUGGUCUUUACGUUGAUGACUGGAGUGCUUUCGGUGCUUUUGCUGUUGCUCCUGGAGGUGGCCUCAUUUUUGGUGCAAUCAUGCUUGUUCUUCGCUUGAGUUUCCUUUACAUUCGUUCUCGUGUUAAGGGCAUUCCCUUCACAGCUUUGGACAAGCCUUUCCCCAAAACUACAGCUACCACUGAAUUGCUUGAUAAUGAAGAUGAUGACUCUACAGAUAAGUAUGGUGCCACUCAAAGCACCGUACCUGUCAACAACAAUCCUACAAUUAGAUACUUUGACAACUUUUUCGAUUUUGACGAGUCUAACAAAUGGAAGUCCAUGUUCUUUGUCAAUAACAAGGAAAGCAAAAUCGACUAG